AAUUAAACCCCCAGCAUGUUUUUAACAGAUUUUGUGGGAUUCAUUCAUAAAUAUCAUUGUGUCUGUGCCAAUAUAGUCAGUGUCUGUUUAUGCCCAUAUAUGACCAAAAAGUUUGAACGCGUGCAGGACGAACACAUGGUAUGGUAUGGAUGUGUGUGUGUGUGUAAGCAACUAUCUUGCACUAUGUGCCUGUGUGAUGGAACCUAAUGGCGGUGUGUCAAUGUGUGACGUUGAGAGGUAAUCCCGGUCUCUGUGACGUGGAUCACCUGCUUUCCUAGCUGCUCGUCAACAGAUGGAAACUCGAGGAUUAGCACUAUAAGAGCGAGGGCUGACAGAGCAAGGCAAGAUAUCCUCAUCCAGCAGAAGAACAACUCACAGAAAGAGACAGGGGAUAAUUGUGAACAACACUACAUUGAUUCCUGGCUCUCUAGUGGGGGAAUCAAAUCAAUCUGACUACAGAGGCUGCCAAACAUUAUCUGAAGAAGUUUGAGAGCAGAACACAAGGCAGAAUCCAAACAUUACUUUUGAGUUUUUCCUAUUAAGACUAAAUUUUUUCUUUGGAGAACAUCGGAAUAGUUGAGACAUGACUGUUAUCAAGGUCAAACAUGUCCCCACCGUCCCGGUGAAGAACUUAAAUGGAUCCAGCCCUGUCCAUCCAGCUUUGGCAGGUAUCACUGGGAUUCUUAUGAGCGCUGCUGGACUCCCGGUCUGCUUGACCCGCCCACCCAAACUUGUGCUCCACCCCCCACCUGUCAGCAAGAGCGACAUCAAACCUGUACCAGGCCUCGGCCACUGCUGCCGGAAAACUACAAAGAAGCAAGCUCGCAAAGGUAGAACUUCAGAAGAAGUUGUUAGAAGAUAUCUCCAGAAAGUCCGCAACCCACCCGAGGAGGAUUGUACAAUCUGUAUGGAGUCUCUCUGUGGCCCAUCUGGUUAUAAAGGCCCAGGUGUCGGUGGCAUUUCUCGGGCAGAGUCAGUGGGUCGUCUGUGUCAGUGUGGGCAUCAGUACCACCUGCAGUGCCUGGUGGCCAUGUACAACAAUGGUAACAAAGAUGGCAGCCUUCAGUGUCCCACCUGCAAGACCAUCUACGGUGUUAAAACCGGCAACCAACCACCAGGAAAGAUGGAAUACCACGUCAUUCCUCACUCCCUUCCUGGACACCCUGACUCCAAAACCAUCCGGAUUAUUUACAACAUACCCCCUGGCAUUCAGGGUCCAGAGCAUCCCAACCCCGGGAAGCCCUUCACAGCCCGUGGAUUUCCAAGGCACUGCUACCUCCCUGACAGUGAGAAAGGCCGUCUGGUGUUGAAGCUGUUGCUGGUUGCUUGGGACCGCCGGCUGAUCUUCUCAGUGGGCACAUCCAGCACCACGGGCGAGACCGAUACGGUCAUUUGGAACGAGGUGCAUCACAAGACCGAGUUUGGCUCCAACCUGACCGGACACGGUUACCCAGACUCCGGUCACCUUGACAAUGUCUUGGAAGAGCUGAGGGCGCAAGGCAUCACUGAAGAAGAGUGUCUGAGGGACUGAAAAUUCAAGUCGGACAACAAAGACUGAAUGUUUUUUUUUGUGUGUGUGUGUGUGUGUUAGUGUUGCCAAAUCUGAAUUCAAUUCCCAGCUCUUGUUUCUCACAAUACCUGAGACACUUUCAUAAUCAAAAAAACACUAAGUUUAAAGGUUUCUAAGUCAUCAUCGCUCCAUUUUUUCAGUGAUAUUAGCCCUCCUACUGCUAAUGAAAUGGUAGGAGCCUGUCAGAAGUGGGACGGCCAGCUGGAAGAGCUGUCAUUUACAAACAACAUUGCACUGUGCGUGAUAUUGUGGUGGAGCCAUUGUGUUUUUGAACAUUUCUGAUGGCAUCCUCCCCACAGAAACUAGAUUUGGUACGGUGCAAUUUUGUGGCUUGUGGGCUGCAGACAUAGACUAAAAACCAAACUGCCGGUGUCUGUUCAACCAUUUAAUGUAUUGUAGUUCUGUGAAGGGUACUCAAAACAAAGGUACUUCUGUGCAUGUAGUUGUAUCAUUUGGCACAGAGGCGAUUACGUCUUGGUGUAACCGAGGCCGCUACUUGUUGCUAACUUUGAAGCUCCAGUUGCAGCUUUAGAUGCUGGAACAGGAAAGUUUACUGCCUCUUAGUGGCACUUGUUAACAUUAUACAUUCCAGUAAUAACCAUGGUAUUUAUUUGACAACAUAGUUUUCGAAAUGUUUGCAGUAUUUACAUUAACCACUUCUCUUUGUACUUAUUUUAUUGUAUCUUACAUUAUUUUAUAAUGCUGAAAUGAGAAACCUGCGUUGUCUUUGAUUUUGGGUCGGAAACCAAUCUCUGUCCGGGGACUGAAAGAGACAUUCAGUGCAAACUGCUUUGUUGAUCAGUAUUAGAGAGAUGUUGAGCCAAGGUGAGAUUGGCAGCCAACAGAUGGACAAUGCACAAAUUUAAUGUAAAACUCAUUUCUUUGUGAUUGGAUUUGCCGUCGGAGAGCGAAGAAUUACAAACAGGGCCUGUGCACAAACUGAGCCAAGCUCAAUUAUAGUGUGGGUUUUUAUCACCAGUUUAGGAACCAUCAAGGUUUAGAUUCUCCAAAGCUGAAGGCGUGGGCCUUUUAAAUGGUUAUGAAGAGCUACUAACCUACCCUGUUAAGUCUGUUGAAGUUGUAUCCUGUGGACAAACUAUCUCCGGUUGCCUUUCUGGUCGGUUCUCGGUAGGUCUUUGGUGGACCUGUUUACAAAGCUGUUGAUGAAAGGACUGCAUGUAUGUACAUGCAAAUGUGUAAGCUUACAUUUAUAGUUGAUGUGCUGUAUGUAUGUGUUUUAUGUACACAAUUAUUUCCCCCCUGCAUCCAGAAGCAUGUUGUGGAAGUAACUGAGUAUUUCUUUUUCUUGUAUGAUUUUUUUUUUUUUUAUAAUAUACUUUUAAUUGAUUGAACUUUUUCUUAUAAGCUAUUAGGUUUUUUUUCUCCACUGUGAAGUUUUUCAUUUCUUUUAUUGCACUUGUAUGAUUUGAUUUAUUGUCCAGCCAAAUUCCUCAUGAUAGUUACUAUGGAAACAGCAGUGAAAAUGGCACCGCUGCCAGGAUGAAAACUGUGAAGACCGAGAACGGCGCUAGGAGAACUAAUGUUCCUGUAUAAUAGAAAAUGUACAAAACAACUCUUGCAUAUUACAUAGCUGCUGGAAUACUGAAUAAAUAUUAAAGGCACUCAAAAAAAAAAAGAGAGAGUAAAGGAAAUGCUGGUUUGGAAUCAUUUUCUUCUCAACUUAAUUCUUUUUUUUUUUUUCUCUCAAGUACAAGAAAUGUGGUCUUUUUUGCAUAGUAUACUAUGUCAGUCAGGCACUAAAUAUGUGACUCAGUAGGGGGCGAUGUUCAACUAAAAUAAUCAAAAGACAGGAUCCACGCUCACUCUAUGACCUAUAAGUGAUACAAAUACUAAUAUAUAACACAAUUUAAUGAGAGCAUUUUAGUAUGCACCAUUAUGUAAAUAUCAAACAAUUAUUUUCCAUAAUAGUUUCACAAAAUGUGCCAGAAAAAAAAAGCAUUAUUACUUGACGAGGCUGCUGGUAGACAGACAUUUUAUAGCUAAAUAUUCUCAAAAUGGCCCAAAAUCAGCACUAGACUGUCAAGAUGGCAAUAUGAUGGACCGCUCUCUCUCUCUUGCUCUCUCUCUCUGAAUUAAAAUUUUAUCAUGACAAAAUGAACAGACCAUCUGGUCCCCGCUAAGACCAGGGCAUUUCCUCUACAGGCAGAUGAUCCAGCUUGUUAAUUAAUGCUUUUAUCUUAAACGUGUUACAUUACCCUGAACAAAUUCAAUAAAUCUUAAAAUAUG